GAGAAAGAGAGAGAGAGGGAGCGGGUGAAUAAGCCGUUUGUUUGUCUCUCUGCUGUCUCUCCGGCCUGGUGCUUGGUGCCUGGCGUCCAGGGUCAUUUCCUUUCAUAGCAACCACUGCCAUCCUUGCAUUAGCAUUUUCUCCGCUGUGGGGGUAACACUUGAGUGUGAGAGUGUGUGUGUGCUGGGUUGCUUGCACACUUCGGGCCUUAUUAUGCAGGGACUUGGGAAGACAGAGAGAGGGGAGCAGAUCCGAGACAUCGACCUGACGUCGCUGAGAUCCACCAUGCCAGCCAGCGGGCCCCUGCAGGGAGGUUCACCCUCUAAUCUGAACAUGAACCUGUAUGCUACGAAGAAGUCAGCGUCUGAGGGCAUGUUGGACAUCGCUCUGUUCCUGGCUAACAUCACACACAUGAAGACUGUCAUCGAACAGGGAGCUGGAUACAGGUACUACGUUGCUGUCCUGGUACUCAUCUCCUUCUCCCUGGCCCUGCAGAUAGUGGCUGGAGUCCUGAUCAUCAUCAUUGCUCGGCGAGACAUCAAUGAAGAGGCCAACCAGAAGCGCCUGGACAGCCUGAACAACACCAUAACCAUCAUCAUCUUCCUCAUCUUCGUCAGCAACAUCUGCAUCACCGUCUUCGGGAUGGAGCGCACCGGCCUCUUUGCCAGGAUGCAUUACUGACCUUGUGACUUAGGGAAUAAUUCAGAUAUGUGGAGUUUCUGCAAACCCGCAGGGACCUGAACGUGGUGUCCAAUCAGAAACGUCUGGACUACCUAAACAACCUUGCUACAGGCGUCAUCUUCGUCACCACAGUGAUAAACUUCUUCGCCAGCUUCUUCGGCUCUAAGAGGACUGGCUUCUUCCGCUGGCUGCUGGCUCGACUCCACUUCUGACACACCCUCAUAAACUCACACAUCAACAUGUUGAUUCAAAGUUUAUAUUCACAAUUCUGCAUAAGAUCAAAUAUCACUUCUCAUUUAUUUGAUCCUUUUUAUAAUGUAUUCACAUUGUAAUCCAACUAAAAUAUUUCCCAUUUAACCAACAAAAUAUUUAUGUAAAUAUGCAUUAUUUUAUUUUCUGCAAUAACAUAGUUUGCAUAAACUCUGCAUGGGUUCAAGUAUGUGUUUUGACAACAGUUUUACUGUCCCCAUUGUUUGGUUAGUGGUUAAAAAAAGUGUAAUAUGUUUGAUUUAGAAAAGGAUUCUGUGGUUCAAUGCCAUAAAUAGAGCGAGUAUUAAAAGUAAGAGAUAUUCCUUGAUUAUGUACGUAAGAGCUGAAUAAAUCUAGCAAUUUAACAAAA